AUGUCUUCCACUUCGACCCCGCUCACGGCGGCGCAAACGCACGCUCUAUUCGACAUCCUGAUCCACCACCAGCUGUACUCGGAAAUCGAAGCGUUCAAAUACCCCUCCACCAUAAACCAGUAUGGAUAUCCGUUCAAGAAGCCUGAGGGCACACAGUCAACCAGCCCGUUACUGCAGAACAUGAUCAAUAAAUUUGCCCUGACCAAUCCUGCGCUUAAAAGUCUAAGUCAGGAAUUCUGGCAGGACAAAGUUGGUGUGCUAGUGGCAAAACUCGCCGAAGCCGAGCUCAGCGAGAGUUAUGACAAAGGCGCCAUUGGGUCACGAAAGGCUCUCGCGACAGCUGCAAGCAGUAUAGCGGAGUACAUUGCGCGAGGCAUGCUGGGGGGAUACCCAGUCACGAAAGGGCAGGAUGGCUCCAAAAAGGACUACGACACCAACAAGCCCGAAGAUGUUCAGCGCGGAUUCGAUGAUUUGAUGCACGGCUUGAUAUACGGUAAUCUGCUGGAAGACAUGUUCGAGAAGGUCAAGGAGACUGGAAAGCUGGAAGAACACUCAGGCGUGGUGCAGGCUGGGCAUGAGUAUAUGCUGUUAAAUGCCGCAUCUUUUCUCCACCACGUCUUCGUCAUUUCCCCGGAUGGCCAAUACCUCGUUCGCGUGCUCGAAAACGCCCACAAGCUCAUUCCAUAUAUGGUUAUCAAGCAGACGUUGCGUGUGGGAAAUGCGGCAACCAUGAUCAACGGAAUGGUCAGGCUUGUUCUGGCAAAGCUCUCAGUCACGGCCAUGACGAAUUGGAUAGGCCUGACAAACAAUUCGAACGACGGCAUGAAUUUGCUACAGCAGAUCAUUUCUACUGUUUUGGCGUGGGACACUGCGGAGUUCUCGAAGCGCGCGGCAAAGCUGGAGUCUGCACGUGAUGCGCCCGAAAAGAAGGUCUUCAAGGCGAUCAAGAACUAUGUGUACGCAUCGAGGGACAAGCACGAAGCUGUGCGUAACAAGUCGAUACAAGAGUCGAAGUCGAUUGUCGCAGUCAUUCUUGAGAGCGCAGACCCGGCGGUAGACGUUGAGUCACUGAGUGAGAAUCAGCACAGUGUCGCCAUGGAGUACUUCAGCACGUACUUGUCAAUACGGGACCGCGAAGAACUCACUAAAGUCUCUUGCAAACUCCAGCCGGACACUAUGACUGCCAUGGUUCGCGAAAUCGUGACAGCCAUGGACCCUGUAAUUCGUGCAAUACACAACGCAGUGGAUCUAUCUGGGACUAUUCAAGACACCGAAAACUUUCUCACGGACCUUAUCAAGACGUCAAAGCCCAAGAGGAAGGGCGGCAGGAGCCGUCAAGCAUCACGAGAAAGCUCUCCCGCGCCUUCUGCGCCUGCUAGUAUCGCAGAUCAAGAGGCCAGUGAAGUACCCACAGUGGAAGACUAUGUUCAGCUGUUACGAAAGCAUGCGCCGUCCGUGCACAAGUUUGCCCAUCAGGUCUGCAAGAAUGCCCCGGAUCUUGCAAACGACUACCUCGUCUACGCAAAACGGAUGUUCUCCGAGUUCAAAGUCGACGAUCAUGCAAAAGCUGCGGAAGAGAGAGGCGAAGGUGGUGCCGGCAACAUGAGCGCCCCGCUACACGCCAUGUUCUCCAGCCUUCCCAACGAGAAGCAAGAAGAGUUGAAGAAGCUACUGGAUGACCACGAGAACCAUCUCAGCCAACUCAAAGACACGUCUUUGUCCCGGCUACAAUCGAUAAUGCAGCCAUCAACAUCACAAUCCAAACCUCCCAGCCGUGGUACAACCCAUGGCCCUGGCAUGUACUUAUCGCGCUGGAACUCACUCCUCGACUCUACUUUGAUAUCGCCAGCGACCGCCCACGGCCCCGUCCGCCGCGGCUGGCAAGUCAAAGGCGAGUUGGACGGCAAAGGACUGAAGACGUCGACAUCCCUCCUCGACAACAAGAAGAGCAAGGACAGGAAUAGCCAGAUGAUGGCGAAUGGCACCGGCGACGCUGAAGAACGCAAAGAAAGGAAGAGAGAUGCUCUAGAAGAAGAUAAGAUGACGAAGAUAUGGGAUGGCAUGAGGGAUGGCUGGGUCGGUGUCUGCAGGGGUUUGGAGGUUAUGGGUCCGGAUUAG